CCCUGCGGGGCAAGAUGGCGGCGCCCAGGCGGGCCUAGCGCAACUCAGGGAUCCCACCCAAACUAGCCACAAAAUUUGCAGACAUGUUUUAUUUGGCCAACCCAAGAUUGUUUUUCUAAUUAAGGGGUGAAGGAGAGAAUUCCCACACCAAAGCAGUGUUGGAAAGAUUCACCAGGGGAGGCAGCCAACAACGUGUCAAGAUGCUCUCUAGACCAAAGCCCGGGGAGUCUGAGGUGGAUCUGCUGCACUUCCAGAGUCAGUUUCUUGCAGCUGGAGCAGCCCCAGCUGUACAAUUGGUGAAGAAAGGAAGCCGGAGAUGCGGCGAUGUUAACCUGGCCCAGCGUCCACCGCAGGAGCAUCGGGAUGUGGUGAUGCUGGACAGUCUCCCAGAUUUGCCUCCAGCUUUGGUUCCUGCUCCCCCAAAGAGAGCCAGACCCAGCCCCGGUCGACCUCUACCUGAACACGAGGACCCUGAAGAGAGGCUGAACAGGCAUGAUGAGCACAUCACUGCUGUCCUGACCAAGAUUAUUGAGCGAGAUACAAGUUCAAUGGCUGUAAAUCUGCCUGUGGCCAGUGGUGUUGCUUUCCCUCCUGUAUUCCAUCGUGCACAGGGGAGACAGGGAAAGCCAGCAGCAUCUGGUAAGAAGAGCAUCUUUGCCCAGGAAAUUGCCGCAAGGAGAGGGUCUGAAGCCAGGGUCCCUCCCGUUGGAGAAGACACAUCCAUGCUGGGCUCACCAGGAGGCACUGUGACCUGUGAGGUACUCACACCUAGGGAUCAGGACGGCCAGCUUCCUCAGGGCAGCCACCGCUUCGUGGGACCCCAUCUGGUCACAGGAAAGGGACUCAGAUGCCAGGAGGCUGAGCAGGAAGUCCAGACUAUCCACGAAGAGAAUGUCGCAAGACUGCAAGCCAUGACUCCUGAGGAGAUCCUGCAGGAACAGAGGCAGUUGCUGGCUCAGCUUGAUCCCAGCUUGGUUGCCUUCUUGAGAUCUCAUAGCCACCCCCAGGAGCAAGUAGGCGAGAAGGCCGUGGAGGAGCAGAGGUCAGAAGGAUCCUCUGUGGAAGUCACUGAAAAGGAGCCCCUUGUGGCAACUUCUGCCAGUGAGCCCAAGAAGGAAGAUGAGCUGGAGCCAGGAGCCCCAGCUCUGACUCUGCCCGUGACCCCUCAUAAAGAAUGGCUGCACAUGGACACUGUUGAGCUGGAGAAGCUCCACUGGACUCAGAACCUGCCCCCACUCCGGCGGCAGCAGACACAGGAGCGGAUGCAGGCCCGAUUCAGUCUUCAGGGAGAGCUGCGCCCCGAUGUGGACCUGCCCACCCAUCUGGGUCUGCAUCACCAUGGAGAGGAGGCGGAGAGAGCAGGGUACUCCCUACAGGAGCUGUUUCACUUGACACGCAGCCAGGUGGCCCAGCAGAGAGCACUAGCGCUGCAUGUGGUGGCCCAGGUCAUCGACAGGGCCCAGGCUGGGGAGUUUGGGGACCGGCUAGUGGGCAGUGUUUUGCGCCUUCUUUUGGAUGCUGGUUUCCUCUUCCUCCUGCGCUUCUCCCUGGAUGACAGAGUGGAUGGGGUCAUCGCAGCUGCUGUCCGUGCUCUUCGGGCUCUGCUGGUCGCUCCUGGAGAUGAGGAGCUCCUUGACAGCACCUUCUCCUGGUACCAUGGAGCUCUGGUGUUCCCUCUGAUGCCCAGUAAGGAGGACAAGGAAGAUGAGGACGAGGACGAAGA